GGAAAGAACUAAUCGAGCAAAGAAGGCAAGAUAAGGACGUGUGGUUUAGGCUAUAUAUAUAUAUAGGCAUGGACGUAUGAGCCCAAGCAUUCUGCGUUCGAUAUUUCGUUCAACCAUUUGAAUUCGGUAUGUUUUCUUCCACCUCGACUUCGACUCUCGUUCGUGCUGAUUCUGGCGUGGAUUUCAGCGACGACCGUAUCCAUGGUAAGAGCCACUCAACCAGUGGUCAAGGCUUCGGUACACCUUCUACCAGCUCAAACGAGCUGACACCGGAAGCGACCCCUUCUACGACUACCGUGGACGAAGACGUCCCAAGCGGACCCCCGACCUGGAAACAGCGCUUGUGGCCCCCGAGGGGUCGUUGGGCAAAAUGGCUAACGUGGUUUCUCGUAAUGUGCGGAUUCUACGGCGCAGUGUGGGCGCUGAUUCCAGAGAGAAUGACUCCAUUUAAACUAGACGUCCAUACCGGCCAAACGUUCGGACUUGUUCUUACCAUAAUGCUUUGCUUUACGGCCGAAAUACUCUUCGUGAAAAUCCCAACUCCGAAAGGGUUACCGCCCCUGCCACCCCUGCUCGCUUCGCUGCUAAUGGGUUUGGCUCUGAAGAAUCUCCCAGCACCUUUGAACAUAGCCCACCAUAUAAAUGUUGAUGUCAGUCGAUCUCUUCGAGAACUAUCAUUGACUGUAAUUCUAACAAGAGCAGGCUUGGAAAUCGACCCUGAAGCAAUGGCUAAGGUGAAAUGGGCAGUCAUUAGAUUGGCGUUCAUGCCUUGCAUCGCGGAGACCGUUACCAUUGGUAUUACAGCUUAUCUCAUCCUAGGAUUUCCGUUCAUUUGGAGUUUCAUGAUGGGAUUCAUGAUUGCAGCCGUUUCACCUGCUGUUGUGAUUCCUUCCCUUAUUAUUCUCCAAGGGAAGGGACUUGGAGUGGCGAAAGGCGUCCCCUCUUUGGUGAUGGCCGCCUCGGGGAUUGACGACGUUCUUGCAAUCGCUGGUUUUACCGUUCUGCUGGGAAUCGCUAUACCAGGGGGCCUGGAAGAAGAAAUUGUCGAGUACAUGUCACAAACAUUUUUCGGUGGUGGUACAGAUACUUAUGACGGUAUGACAACGGCUUCGUAUGAAGCUACUACUUUCUUCAAUGUGACUAACACUACAUCAAUACACGGAGGAGGCAGUACCUCAAACAUAGGUAAAGAAAUUGGCGGAGCAAUUAUUGAAGUGAUCAUUGGUAUCAUAUCCGGACUCGUUCUCGGGAUGUUGAUAUCGUACAUUCCAUCGAGGAAGAUGAGAUACAGGCAUUUUUGUCGAGGAUUUCUUCUUUUGAGUAUUGGAAUUAUUUUUGUUUUCGGAACCGAGAUUUGGGGAAUACCCGGUGCUGGGGCACUCUGCGCCCUCGUGAUGUCGUUCACUGCGUCACUGCACUGGAAAGAAGAAACGCACCCACUGGAAAAGAGCUGGCAUUUUAUGUGGACAAUAUUUCAACCAAUUCUUUUCGGACUGACUGGAACUUUAGUGGAAGUUGAAAUGAUGGAUCCUGUCACAUGUGGCCUCGGACUUGCAGUACUCGCGUGCGCCAUGUGUGGCCGAUUAUUGAUGUCCACAUCGGUCACUUUCGGGUUGAAUCUAAAACUGAAGGAAAGGUUAUUUGUUUCUGUGGCGUGGAUACCGAAAGGCACCGUACAGGCUGCGCUUGGAUCUACCGCAUACGACCAAGCCAUGAGACUGAAUAAAUCUGAACAAGAGAUAUACUGGGGCCAGCAGAUUUUGGUUAUCGCCGUCUUAGCUACGCUUAUCACUGCUCCGAUCGGUGCUUUCGGCAUUGCAAUUGCUGGUCCAAAACUUCUUUCUGUUGGGGAUGGGGAAGAGCCGAAUCCUAACGAUAACGAAGCUUACGAGGGCGAUAAUGAAAACAGUAGUAACGAUGGCGGAGGUAAAGACUUUAAACAAAAGGGGCAUGACCCAGCACACGAUGUUCACGACGAUGGGUACAUUACAACAGACACUGAAAGCGUGCAGAAUGAUCACGAUCAUCACUACAUACAGCAUGGCCACAAGCAUCACAAUAACAGUCAUCAUCACGGACAUCACAAAAACCAUCCUCCCAUGAGCCGAAAUCACAGCGGACUUGAGUUCCAUGUUGCAGAGCAUGAUCUUGAUAAUAUAAAAGAGGAAGACGACGAAGCAAUCUCGAAAGAAGAAGCGGAAAAAGAAGAAACGACUCGUAUAUGAAAAAGCACCGUGCGAAGCAGCGACAAAGACUGCUUCUACAUUUCUACAUUAGAAAGCGAAAUCAAACAGCAUCGAAAUCGCGUUUUGCAUGGACACGAAUAAUUCUUCAUGAAUAUGAAAUCUGAAGUCACUCCUAUACAUCACGAUCUAAAAUACAUAUGUACGUGUAUUUGCGUGUAUGCACUGCUUCACUGCACUGUAUUCGGUUUUAACGGUGAACUGCAUACACUAACUUCCUCCUUAGUAAUUUAAUUCAUUUAUAACAUGAUCAUAGAAAUUGGUAUAACCUGCUUAUUUUAUUUCUGUCGUAAAGUUCACGUCGUUUUUUAGGGUAAUAUACAUGCUUUUUCGCUUGGAAGUCGCACUGUUCUAUUCAGCACUAAAAUUAUUACUCCUUUUAGUUGUAAAAAUAAGGAUUUAUAAUAUAGUACUGUGGAGUAAGAUGGAUACCGUUGGCACAUUACUGCUCAUAUUUCCUAACCGAGUUUUAAUGAUUAACAACGCUGUUUUUAGAGGUAUAGGAUACGGUUACUGUAAAUAUGAUUUGUUUACGGUAAAUUGGGACAAUAAAAGAUAAUAAUAAAAACAUGUACCAUUUUACCCCUGCAUGUGAAUGCAGCAUUUAGCCGUAAAAUCUGUUUAGCAGUUUUCAUUUUAUUUUAAUAACCUGCCGUUGUGUACACAUAGGCAGAAUUUGAUCAAUGGCCUGUAUACUUGACUUGUUGCAUAUAGGAUAACUUGAUAUGGUUUAUUUAGCUCGAUUACGUGUGGACAUAUUUGCCCUAUAUAUGUAUAUAUUUGCACUGUUAUGUACAUUCUAGGAAACGCGGUAAUUUUCAAAGUCAUAGCCAACUAAUUUGUUUGCCUAACCCAAAGAUUUCACAAUAUAGCAAUGCUAUAUAGCAAAGCAAUUAAAUGUCUUAACCAAAGCUGGCCGACGCUAAACAAACACCCUGAACUAAUUUUACCCCUGGCCAUGCUCGUAGCAGGCGUUGGCGCAUGUAUAGCCUAUUGGGACAUAUAGACCUCUAUGGCUAAGCUCUUUAUAGUACAGUUGCGUGUUCUUUGGUUCAUCAGCUGUUUUAAUUGCUUCUUAAUUGUACCACCUCUUCUGCAUUGCGCAAUCAUUUAACGAAAGCCCGCUUUGCUGUUGGUAAAAUUUAAAGGCUCGUUUUAAUUGCUUUUGGUAACUUUUAAAAGCGCCUUUUGCUGCUGGUAGAUUUCUGAACGAUUAUUUUAACUUGUGUUGAAGAGAAUUUAAUUCUAUUUGCAUUUGUAUAGGCGACUGGGUUGCUCUCGGCUGUCUCACUGCGGUAUAAAUUUCUCUCGGCUGUCUCACAUUCAAAACUAAAAACGCAAUCAGUCUUUUUUCGGGUAUAAUUGGAUAGUAACUAUGAACUUGCAUAUGUACCAGGGCGGGUAAGAUGGGACAUAUUUUCAUUUCAUUUUAUUGUCUCAUUUGGUGGUAAAAAUGAGUAUUUAAAGGUGCUAAAUGUAUCCCAUCUUUUCCACAGCACGAAACAUUUAGUGUUUUUUUACAUUUAGCAAAGUUUUUGUUUCCUAACUAGUUUAAGAAGCUCUUAGUCUAAUUUAAAACUUGAAUUUAAUCUGGUUCAUAAAAUUACACGGCACUUCCAGACAA